AUGGAUAUUGUUCUUCAGUAUCUCGCAGUGAAACUGGCGGUUUGGAAGCACUGGUUCUACGACAUUGGGCAUGGUCUGGGUGGUAAUACAUCUGACUUGUGGAUUAUAGUGACGCUAAAGCUCGUCAUAUUCUGUGGCAUGAUGCGAUAUAUGGUGUCUUCAGAGAACGCAAAUCGCAGCCGAAGGCGGAAAAUCAGGGUGACGGGGAUUUUAAUAUCAGUUGUGGUGCAGGUCUACUGCGUGUGGAAGUGUUUGUAUCGAUUGGUCUACGGCUCUGGAAACCCUGGCGAGCAUCCGAUCUUAUCCUUUUGGUACUGGUUUGCGGUGGCGGUUAUAGUGAUUAGCACCAAUCUAGAGCAGAGCAGGCUGAGCAAGAUGACCAGCAUCGUCCGCGCGGCAACUGAAUCUGAGGAUGAGGAACCCCUUCUGCCAAUUGAUCCUCCGAGGCAAACGAAGGAGGAGAUUGCACAGAACCAGAACUCGUGGCACAAUCUGUUGGCUCUGUUGCGCAUGGCCGUGCCGGAUUGGAACUUACUGGCCCUGGCCAUCGCUGCGCUUUCCAUCGCCGCCAUAUCCGAAGCGUUUAUCCCGCACUUGACCGGGCAAAUUGUGGACUUGGUGGCUAUCCAACACAAUGUCGACAAGUUUAUGCACCAGACGACCAUCCUCAUCAUCGUGUGUCUGACUAACGCCAUAUUCGCUGGUGUCCGAGGAAGCAUCUUCACAUACUGCACUGCUAAUAUGCAGCCCAAUACUGUGGACAAUGAUGUGGUGCCUUACACCUCCUAUCCCCUUUCUAACCGCGAUAUCAACUGUCAAAAAAAAAAUUUGUCAUCCGCCCAGGUCCGCCUCCGCGAGCGACUGUUUGAGACGCUGCUGCACCAAGAGAUUGGGUUCUUCGAUAUCAGCAAAUCGGGCGACAUCACUUCAAGGUUAAAUACAGAUACAACAAAGGCGUCAGAUCAAAUUGGCCUCAACAUGAACAUCACCAUCCGGUCGGUGUUGCAAGCCAUCGGGGUGCUGUGCUUCAUGCUGUGGACCUCCUGGGAGCUCACGUUGGUCACGUGUGUGAUCAUCCCCAUCGUCAUUGUGGUUAGCAAGUUGUUUGGCGGAUACUUCCGAAUGAUCAGCAAACAGGCGCAAGAACAACUGGGAGACGCAAACUCGGUGGCACAGGAGACCCUCUCGGCUAUGCUGACUGUGCGCGCGAUGGCUGGGGAGGAUAGCGAGAUGGUCAGGUAUCAGGCUGAACUGAUACACUACAAGCAUACCAACAAAAAGAAGGCCAUAUCAUACCUCUUUUACUGUGCAAUUGCCACGAUGCUACCCAAUAUGGCCACCGUUCUGGUGAUAUUUUAUGGCGGGAAAUUGGUUAUCCAAAAUGAGAUCAGUGGCGGCAAUCUGGUGUCCUUCAUGCUGUACCAGCAAAGUCUGUCGAAGGCUUUCACACAAAUCUCAGACAUCUACACGGGGGUGAAUGAGGCGCUGGGAGCGGCCGAUAAAGUGUUUGAGUACAUCAACCGCACCCCCUCCUUCGCGUUGAAAGAACGAAAUACAUUCACACACAUACCUACACACGGCGGGGACCUCAGCGAUAAGGAUAGUCAGGGUGCUGAUAAGCAACACAAUCACAGUGGCAAGGAUACAGGUAGCACGACCAAGCCCACAGACGAUAUCGCUGGGAGGAAGAACUAUGGGAGUGUCGCCAGUACGGAAACUUCCACUAAGUACACCACACCCGCUGGACGGUAUGACGAAGAACAAGGGCUGCUGCACCCAUAUAAUACACAGUCCAACACAGACUCGAAUGCGAAGUCGCUGACAACCACGAGUUCUCAAAUAGUGAAGGGAGAAAGUGAAGUAGAUACCACGAUACGCGGGGACAUUGAGUUCCAGCAGGUGUACUUCAGGUAUCCUGCACGCCCGGAGGUGAUUGUGUUGCAUGGGCUCAAUUUGAAGAUCUCGGCAGGGGAGUGCGUGGCGCUGGUGGGACCCAGUGGCGGCGGCAAGAGUAGUAUAGUCAAUCUAAUCCAGCAGUUCUAUAGACCGUCCAGUGGAAGAAUUUUGAUUGAUAACCAUCCACUCUCGGAAUAUGGACACGAGUUUCUGCAUACGCACAUCGGACUAGUGGGGCAGGAACCAGUCUUGUUCGCCAGGUCCAUAUAUGAAAACAUUGCGUACGGUUUGAAGCAUAAGCCGACGCAAGAGGAGGUUGAAAGCGCUGCCAAACUUGCGAAUGCGCACCAGUUCAUCUCCGAGCUGCCAGAUAAAUACGAUACAGAGGCUGGCGAGAAGGGCGUUCAAUUGUCUGGAGGCCAGAAGCAACGGAUAGCUAUAGCACGCGCGCUUGUGAGACAUCCUGCGGUGCUGCUUCUAGGUACUGUUAUACCAACGAUUGAGUCAAUCCCACUGUUAUACCAACGAUUGAGUCAAUCCCACUGUUAUACAAACGAUUGA